AUGGCCAGCGACGGAGAAUUUGAAGAUGAUUGGCUCAACUCUGCCGAAGUCCUUGCCGUAGCAUCUGCCGUCGAGACAGGCACCAUUAACUCCGCAAAUCCAGCUAUAACGGUUGAAAUGGACGAUAAGAAGCGAGCAAGAAGCAGAAGCAGAAGCAACUCAGUUGAAAUAAUUGAAUCCACAAACCCAACUAAAUAUCUCACUCCCUAUGACCGUUUCAGAAAGAAAUCUGGUUUUCUCUCCGCGACUGACGUCUCCGACAUACAGUGGUGCGCUUAUAAGAAGUUAUAUAAAGAAAUUCAAGGCGGUGGUUGGAUCCGAGCUUCUGAAAGAGUGCAAUCCAUCGUCGGAGAUACUGGAGCUCAAAUCAACGUCGAUACAAACAAAGCGCUAGCCAAGGAGAAGAUAAUGGACAAAGGCUCAGCCCAUCAUACCAAAAUGGAGCGUGAAAUGUACGAUAUCGCAGACGACAGGGAAAUGGAGAUGGAGAUUUACUUCGAUAAACGCUCAGAUUACUAUGCCCUAUGGCUGCACAAUUGCAUCGUGCAACUAACCACACUCGCACAUCAAGGCCGCUGCAGAGAAUUUGGCGUGCGUGGGCUGAUCGAUGGUCAAAUAUUACAGGGUGACAUUGAUGAGCUAUGUCUGGAUAGGAAGACUGGUAUGGUCAGGGUUGUCGAUGAUAAGACGCGCGUUGAUGGUAAAAUGCCCCGCUAUCAAAAUUCCAAUAAUAAAGCCCAGCUUAUGGUAUACAGGAAAAUGUUGACUCACUUCCCUUCAUUCGAUUGGCAGGCGUGGCUCGAAAGUUGCGGAAUUAACAUGAACGAGCAUGUAUCAACACCGAUUGUCAGACAACAUAUGCUUCAGAAUGGCGAAACUGAUCUCAGACUUUGCGCUAUACUUGAUAGAUUUAAGGCUGCCACCCAAAUUAUCCUGGAGAAUAUUGACAACGUUGUUGAACUCAGAUACCACUGCGCAGAUGGAGGUACAUAUAUCGGCAAAGUAGAGAUUGAGUUUGAUGAGAGGGAGUUUAAACGAUACAUAAACGAAGCGUUCAAAUUUUGGCAUCGGGGGGAUUAUAAAGGUGUCGAUAUUGAAGAUGGCUAUUUCAAAUGCAGUAAAUGUGAGUUUGAGGAGAGCUGUGAAUGGCUGACAUUGCAACAUACCAGAGCAGUUGAGAAAAACAAGAAAAAUAAGAAAGUUUAG